AUGGACGACCUGUUCGAGGACUUAGAGCUUCCAGUGGUUAGGGAAAUCAACCGUGCUCUAUUUGCUGAUGCUCUUACAGAUCAAGGGAAGGAAUUUGAUGUAAACCACUUCUUACUUUCCAACAAUCUCCACUAUGUCUCCAUUGAUGAACUUUCGAAACAUUUAAAGUCAUUAGAGCAGGAACUAAACAACGCCCUUAUAGAUGACGUAAACGAGAGUUAUCUAGAGUUUUGCUCUCUAUGUGAGGAAUUUUCCAAAAAAGAGGACAGCCAUAUAUUAAGCAACAUCCAACAAGUCAGAUACGACCUUGCAAGGUUCAAUACUACUUUAAAAACCCUUGUGACGACUGACCUACAAAAUACCAAAGAAACAGUCACGGACACGGUUGAAUAUUUAAAAUCCUUAGACGGCUUGAACAUUUUACUUCAAAGACAUGGCAUAAUACAUUCUUGUUUCCAAUUGGUCCAGAAACUGUGUCAAUCGUUGGAUGCCAUGUCUACGGACGCCAUAGACAUUGAUGAUGAAUUAGGUGCACUACUUCUGAGCGAGCUGGACAAGCUACUAAGAUGCUCUCAUUCGAUCCUACUCGAGCUUCAAGGGCUUGGAUCCCCACUAAUGAAGCGUUUCAACAAUGAUUACCACAGCGUAUUACAAAACUUUCACAGCAUAGUAUCCAUUUUAACUGACAAAUGUGCCCUGAACAGCAAAAAAUACCCUAAAAUAACACAAACACUACUAUCAAUGCUCAAUAAGUAG